AUGCUUUUAGGCCUUCACACAGCCAAAAAUCUUUUCACAAGAGGAGCGACAGUUAUUCUCACAUGUCGUGAUGAAGUGCGCGGACGAGCUGCCCUGGAGGCCGUACAAUCCCAGGUUGAAAAUGGUGCACAGUCACUGGGAGAGCGACUCCACCUCUUCACCUUGGAUUUGGCUUGUUACCAGUCUAUCUUGACAUUUUGUCACGAAAUAAAGCAAAAUUUCAAUCAUAUUGAUGUACUCAUCAACAACGCUGGUGUAAUGGGUCUCCCGUUCGAGCUUUCUCGAAAUGGAAUCGAGAUGCAUUUCGCCACUAAUGCAUUCGGUCACUAUGUAUUGGUAAACAAUUUGUUGACAUUGCUGGAGAGCAGUAAUGAUGGGAGAAUCGUCAUUGUUUCCUCCGGACUUUAUAAAGGUGUAAGUGAACCACAUCCCAUCAAUACCGUCAGCUUAUGGGCGAACAUGACUGGGAUUAUCAAGGAAGAUUCGCGUAUGCAGUCAGCAAAUUGGCCAAUUGUCUUCAUGCAGUGGAAUUGGCUAAGCAAUGAGCUACCCAUUACCUAUCGAAAUUCUCGAAAAGUUGAUAUAUUCAGGCGCCUCUCAGCAAAUCAUUGCUCGACGAAGGUGUAUGCAAUACGUCCAGGUUUCGUCGGAGGAACAGAGCUGGGUCGUGAAACUCAUUGGCUACUGCGAUCUUUGGCUUCGCCAGUUAUCUGGCUGUUCUCGAAAAACCUUGAUCAGGGCAUUGAGUCCAUCGUUCAUUGCGCUGUGACGCCCAAUGAUGAGUUGACAUCGGGUGCUUUCUACCAUGGUUGCCAAGAGGAGGAAUACGGACCUAUGGUCACAGAGGAGAAUGCUGCGAAUAUGUGGAGGACGUUCAGAAGAAUGGAAGAGUUGAUAUUGAUUCGAUGUCAUACCUUGACAGAAGAUGACCGACGCCAAGCCGAAGAGGGAAGGAGGAUGCUUCCUUAG